UAUGUUUAUAAAAAUAAGAUGCAAUGCAAAAAAAAUUCUCAUGCUGUUACUGGGCACCUUUCCUGUUGCAAAAUCUUUAAGAUGCUGAACAUACUCAGAAGCAGCCGCCUCUGAACUAGUAUGCUCAACAGCAGCCGAGUGGACGCGUGGGGAGAAAAACACGUCCAUGACAUCAUCCGCCUUGUUGUGAUUCCCGUUCCCACCGGGUUCAUCUCGUAGAUGCAAUCGCAGGAUUCCCACACUAAUUCUCACCGGCUCUUCCCGUAACGCUCCGAUGCUCGUACCCGCGUCGGUUUUGACAUCGCCAUUGUGUGGUUAGCAGAGUUAUGAGGACGACUGAGAGAUGCUUCCGGUGUAACGUUAGAAGUGAUAUCUUUAUGAAAGCUGUCGCGAGCAAGAGCUCUCCGCUGUGUCGAUGCGAUCGAGGCUAUUGUUAGACGAGAUGAAACGGUGUCGGUUGGCGUGACACACCUGGAAUUGACAUCAAAGCACGUAUUUAUACUGUUCCUCAUAUACAUCGUGCCUGCAAGAAGAAAGGAAUCGUUCAUUUUCCGCCGAAUAUUAGUUAAAGAAGCCCUUCUAGCGUGUGUUAUUUCAUGGGGAUGUGUUCAAGGCAAGAGAGGAUUCAAAAAGACGUCGACAUCGUAAUUCAAAGGUGUAAGGCAGAGAAAGACAGCCUGUUUUCUGACUUUCGAUUCUCCGACUCCACCUUUACGUUCACCUAUUCAAAAGGACCUAAAAGGGUCUCCUACUCUGUUCACGUCUCUGAUGAUUAUCCAGAUAACACAUUUGUGUCUAACUCUGAAAAUGAUGAUGAAGUAUUAGUCACCAGGGAUCCAAUACCAGUCAUUUUCCACAGAAUCGCAACAGAAAUACGUAUAAAUAAUGAUGCGCCCAGCUGUCCGUCUAUUAAACCAAAACCUCAAACUGACAAAAACCCGUGCCAUUAUGCUAUAGAGGAGGAUUCAGAGGGUGACAAUGAUUCUGAGGAGUUCUACUAUGUUGGGCAGGUAAAUUAUGAUGGAGAGCUUCACAAACACCCCCAGCUGGAGGCCGAUUUGGCAGCCGUGAGGGACUUAUAUGGCCAUCAUGCAGUAUCUCUCAGGGAAUAUGGUGCAAUUGAUGACGUGGACAUCGACCUACACAUAGAUGUCAGUUUCCUAGAUGAGGAGAUUGCACUUGCGUGGGAUGUGAUCAGGAGUGAACCUGUUAUUGUGCGGCUUCACUGCUCGCUUACACAGUAUCUCAAUGGACCAGUUCCCACUGUGGAUGUGUUUCAAGGGUAUUCAAAAGACAGAUUUGGACUGGGACAUCAGCUGAAAAAGAUAAUGCAAACCUUUGUCACACAGCAGUGGAAGUGUCACAGCAAAGAUAAACUCAUCAGCCCACACAGCAAAAAGCAAAGCGAGAAAAAGGUGAAGUCUCCGCUGCACAUUUUUUCAAAUCUGCGCAGAUCCCCCAGCUACCCUCCUCCCGGCUGUGUGAAAAGCAAAAAGAAGCUCAAACCCGAGCAAGAUGGUGUGUCAAAAUCCCACCGUCUGUUGCGCCGAACGUGUUCAAGCACGGUGAAGCCAGAAAUGGACAGCUGCGUCGGCAAGUCCCACAAGCUGCUGAGCCACUCCCUCUCCAGCGACCCACGCAUGGAGCAACAUCAGCCCCUCAAACAGCCCCACCGGCUGCUGCCGAGGCCCUGCUCGACUGCUGUGAAACCGGAGGACUGCCCCCCGCUGCGGCCUCACAAACUGUCGCCGCGGGCGAGCGCGCCGGAGCCUCGCUGCGAACACGCUGCGGGCAGCAACGAUGGCGGUGCUUUGAAGCCCAACCGGCUCCUGAGUCGCUCGUGCUCGGGCAGCGUUCGGACUGAAGAGCUGGACGGCUUGAAGCACCACCACCGUCUGCUCAGCAGGUCUUACUCCAGCAGCACCAAGAUAGGCAAAACGGACAUCUUUAAAGAGCCUGUCACCGAGAGCAGACGCCUCUCCCUUACCUCAGGGCUUAUCGGCAUCCUGGCCCCUUCACUCUCUUCCACACCUCAGCCAAACUUUGGAGCCAAAUCCAUUCCAGUCAGAGACCGAGGCUUCCUUGUGCAGACUAUAGAGUACGCAGAACAGCGUAUCCCCGUACUGAAUGAGUUCUGUGUGGUCUGUGAUGAACCUCAUGUGUUCCAAAAUGGACCAAUGCUCAGACCCACAGUGUGUGAGAGAGAGUUGUGUGUAUUCGCCUUCCAAACGCUAGGGGUCAUGAAUGAGGCUGCCGAUGAGAUUGCCACUGGUGCUCAGGUAGUAGACCUACUGGUCUCCAUGUGCCGAUCUGCACUGGAGUCUCCAAGGAAAGUUGUCAUUUUUGAGCCAUAUCCCUCUGUGGUGGAUCCUAAUGACUCACAAGCACUUGCCUUCAACCCCAGAAAAAAGGACUAUGAUCGAGUGAUGAGAGCUCUUGACAGUAUCGCAUCUAUCAGAGAAAUGACACAGGCUCCGUACCUGGAGAUAAAGAAGCAAAUGGACAAGCACGAUCCACUGGCUCAUCCACUGCUGCAGUGGGUGAUAUCCAGUAACAGGUCACACAUAGUGAAGCUUACUGUUACUAGACAACUGAAGUUCAUGCACACACCCCACCAGUUCCUCCUGCUCAGCAGUCCACCUGCCAAAGAAUCCAACUUUCGAGCUGCCAAAGGCCUCUUCGGGAGUACCUUUGCCUUUCAUGGAUCACACAUAGAAAACUGGCACUCCAUUCUGAGAAAUGGUUUGGUCGUGGCAUCAAACACAAGGCUUCAGCUCCACGGCGCUAUUUAUGGCAUUGGAAUCUAUCUCAGUCCAUUAUCAAGCAUAUCCUUUGGCUACUCAGGGAUGAAUAAAAAACAGCAGAAAGUUGCUUCAAAAGAUGAAACCGCUGCCAAUAAGUCCAGUAUUCAUUUGCAGUCACAGAAGAAAGGCCAGAACCCGCAGUUUCUGCAGAGUCGUAACCUGAAAUGCAUAGCCUUAUGUGAAGUUAUUACAUCUCCAGACCUGCACAAGCAUGGUGACAUCUGGGUAGUUCCAAACACAGAUCAUGUCUGCACACGUUUUUUCUUUGUUUAUGAGGACGGACAGGUAGGUGACACAAGUAUAAACACACAGGACCCUGGUAUUAACAGGGAGAUCCUUCGAGUUAUCGGCAAUCAAACAGCUACCGGAUAAGAGUUUUAACACAAUACAGCUGCCUUGACCUCGUUCUCAAAGCUGGACAUUUGAGCGCUGGAGGUCAACACCAUAUGUAUUUUUGGUCACCACAGAAAACACAGAAUAAAGAACAUUCACAAUCUCUGAAAGACACUAUUUAUACUAUUCCCCUGGGAUAUACUGUACGUAUAUUUACACUGGCUAUUCAAACUCUUACCAUUUUGCUAAGUUUGUAAAACAAAAAGUACAUUUUAGAAGAGCAUGGUAUGUCUUUCAGUUCAACUGAUGGACUACUUAUUUUUUGUAAAGAAUGCAAAACAAUGAAAACACUUUGAAUAAUAUUUUGAGACUUUACUGGAGAAAAUACAAUAUUCCUGUGCGGAUAUGCGCCAUCUGACCUUGUUUACUAAGAGUUGUACUUGUUAAAGUACAUUCAUUUGUGUAAACAAAAGGUGUCUAUAUGCACUUUAUUUUUCUUAAUGUAUGAUAGCGGUUUCAAACUUCCAUGUAAUCCUAAAUGCCUUUCAGAGACAGAAGUAUCUAUUGUUUGACAGUGCUGAACACAAGCAAGAUCUUGAAGACAGUGUAUUUGGAGAUGAUGACAAGUGUACAUCUGUGUAUGUCAAGCUACUUUAAAGUAGCUGUCAGUUUACAAUAUCUAAAGGUCUCCAUUUAGAACUUGCCCAACCUGUCACUUCAUCAACUAUAAUUCAUUCAAAAUAUUCAAAGUAUUUUUCAUUGAGGAGUGAAUAUAUAACAAGACAUAAAAAGAGUAUGAAAAAAUGGAAAAACACAAGAAAAACAAACAAAAAAGACAAUAUAUUUGGCAGCAACAAGUAAAAAUAAGAUGCAUGCUGCUUUCCUUACCUUCUCAAACCAUUUGGUUUUCUUUGGUAUGAUUCUAGAAUUUUUGAUAAAGAAAAAAGUUGGCACCCAAUGGUAAGAUGUCUUUGAAUAUUUCAAUCCUUUUUUGUACUGUGAUUUUAAGGCAGAAUAAGUGUUUGCUGCUUUGGUUGUUUAUACACUGUAAUGUAUUAACGGAAGGUUCAAAUGUGUAAGUAUUCUGUUUUUCAAUUCUUUAUAGUGAUGUUUAGACAUCUCUGUCGUUGUUUAUUUUACUUUCCAAGCAUAAAUUAAAUUGUUAAAUUCACAAAAUCUUUUCUUGAAAAGGAACGAUAGUCACCUAAUAAUAUAGGUAUAAAGAAUUUGUAUAUACAGGUGGCAGAUGUGGUUGCAAAUUUUUAAUCUGUAUUUAGAAUGCCAUUUGAGGAAAUGCAACUUUUACAAGUGAAAAUGUAGCAACACAAAUGUUUUUCACUUAUUCGUGGGCAGAAUCAUGAGUUUUCUUAAACUACAGGCACAUUAAAAUGUGGUAUUUAUCAUUUUGUGUGCAGAAAAGCAUUCUGUAUUUAACAUCCAUGAAAUGCUUGUUACUGUACAUGAUGUUAAGUUGCCAUAUAUAUUUCACUUGAACCCAUUUACACAUUUGACUACUUUCGCUUAUUUCCAGAAUGACUAACAGUGCAUUUACGCUGAGUUGUUACAAACCAUGGUUGGUUAAAAUAUGGACAGAACCAACUGUUAGGUUGUAAAUUUACCAUCAUUGGGUAAAAUCAACGCAGUAUAUGGCUGGUUUUGUCCAUAUUUUACCCAACAUGAGUUUAAGGUGUUCCCUGGAAAUCAAACCCAUGGCCAUACAUCUAACACAAUGCUCUACCAGCCGAGCUACAAAAACUCAAUAUUCCAUUUUAGAUUCAAGUGAUCAGAAUGUUAACAGCUUAGUAUUACAAUAAAUCUAAGGUGAAAGUUAAAUCAAGUAUUGUCAAGUUUGUCAUCACAAAAAGGGGAUGGAUGUAAGUUGUUCACAGAUUUAUCACUCUCGUGUUUGUGUAUUACCUAAGUAGUUAAGGUAAAAUAAUUGUAAAUGAGGUUUUAAAAGAUCAUUACCUUUGGGGUUUUCACACACUCGUCACAGCUGCUUCAUAACAGCUUAACUUAUUUACUUGACCAUAAUUGUUAAAAAUGUUCAUAUGUGAUAGCUGUCGGAAAAGUUUUGUACAUUUCACACACUUUGGUGGAAAACCAUGCUACUUAGCAUUUGGUGCCUUACCGAUACGGAUUUAAUGGCAAACGUGACAAUACUGUCAUAUAUGAAAAUAGUGUAAAUAAUGCCACAACAACAUGAAGGCCAAAUAUUUUCUGUACUAUGUUUUUACUUUUACCUUAUUUUGCGAACUGAUCAAGCUUUUUGUCUUUUUACAAAUUAUGGAAAUAGCAGCUUAUGUACCUGUUUAUGUUCAUUAAAUCCAGAUUUGCCUAUAAUCAUACACCUUUGCAUUUUUUCUUUCUAACUGAAAUUAGGAAUACAAUGAAAAAUUACAAUUACAGUACAUGUUAAUAAGUACUGCAGUAUGCAGACAGUAUCUUAUUGUCAUCUUUUAUCCUCCACUUCAUAAUGCAAACAGUUAAAUUUGUUCCAACCACAAAACCACUAAACAACAUCCGUUCAAACAGUGAACAGCUGCAGAAUGUGCCAGUGUACAAAAGAGAAAGACAGUAAAUGACAAAGUAAUUUUCAUGGAAUCUGCGAAUUGCUUCAGACUGGCUGUUUAAAU